AUGACUUACGCACAUCCCUUGCAAGCGGAUAUCAACCCCUACUUACGAACUCCAUUAGUGGAAUCAGUUUCACUCAGCAGGCUGGCUGGCUGUAGAGUAUUUCUCAAAUACGAAUGCUCACAGCCUUCAGGCUCAUUCAAAUCAAGAGGACUGGGUAUGUUAGUGCACCAUUCUGUCAACGAAGCAAAGAAACUGGGAUACGAACAACGCCCUCAUUUUUAUUCAUCCUCCGGUGGAAAUGCAGGAUAUGCAACAGCUCUCGCAUGUACUCUCUACGACGCUCCUUGUACUGUGGUGAUGCCAGCAACGGGAGCUAAGGUAAUUCUCCAUGGGAACAACAUUCAAGAGGCAGACUUAUAUCUAAGAGGGCUUUUAAACAAACGAAAAGAAGAGGAUGAUUUCAAUUGUGUGUAUUGCCAUCCUUUUGACAACCCCGUGAUCUGGGAGGGGCAUUCAACCAUUGUUGAUGAGAUUAUUGAUGCAGAUAUAAACAUAUCUAAACUGCGAGCAGUUGCAUGCAGUGUAGGAGGAGGAGGUCUCCUUAAUGGAAUUGUUCAAGGACUUUUAAGAAAUGGAUUGACAAUUCCCGUAAUAGGAAUAGAAACUGAAGGCGCUCCUACUCUUCAGAAGACUAUGGAGAAGAAUCAAGUGACUCACCUGGAAACAUUUGAUACUGUCGCUACUUCAUUGGCAUGUAAGUACGUGCCUCAGAAGACGCUUGAGUAUUGUCAGAAUUAUGAUAUUAGAUCAGUUCUUGUUUCUGAUAAACAGGCGGUGACAAGUUGCAUCAAAUUUAGUUUUGAUCAUAAUGUGAUAGUUGAACCAGCGUGUGGAGCUUGUUUGGCCUCAAUUUACUUCAGCAAGCUGGACCAUCUAGGCUUGAAUUUGCAACCCGAUGAUGCUGUAGUUAUUAUUGUAUGUGGAGGGUCAAGCACUACUUUCGAAGACCUUCAUGAGUUCGCGAUAUCUCUCGCUUGA